AUGAGCGUGUGGGGGUAUGUGCCGAACAUUGACACAGGUGCAAAGGUCUCGGUCACGCCCGCCUUAAACGGCGAGAUCUACGACCACAUCGCCAUCCGCGGCCGCUGCACCGCUGAAUACGACUACAACUUUUCCGGACGGAGCGACAGCGAGGUCAUUCUGGCUCUGUACCAACACCACGGAGCCCCUGGGUUCUUUGCUCAUUUACGCGGCGAGUUUGCCUUCAUCUUGUACGAUGAGCGAUCGGGGGAUGUGAUUGCUGCGAGGGACCGGUUCGGUAUCAAGCCUCUUUUCUGGACCUACAGCAGUGAGAUGCCGGCCAAGUUGUUGAUCGCCUCGGAGAUCAAAGCAUUUCUGCCCAUGGAGUGGGAGUCCGAGUGGGACGUCGAAGCCAUCUGCAGCGGUGCGGCGGUUCUGGGCGAAGGUACGCUGUUCAAGGGAGUGAAGAAGGUGUUGCCGGGGCACUGGGUGCGGUUCGGUCGAGAUGGGAGCGCGACGCAGCAUCGGUACUGGGACGCUGAGUAUGCUGACAAGACCGCCAAAGAGACACGUAGUAUGGAUGAGAUGGUCGACGAAGUCCGCGAGCGUUUGGUAGAUGCCGUCCGUCUCCGCCUCCAAGCAGAUGUUCCAGUCGGCAUCUACUUAUCAGGCGGCCUCGACUCAUCCAUUGUAGCAGGCAUAACCACACAGCUCGUACGAGAACGAGGAGUGAAGUUGGGGAACCUGGACAUUAAAGACAGGAUCACUUGUUUUAGCAUCUCCUUCACAUCUGAUUCACAAUACAACGAAUAUGAACGCACCGCGGAAUGGCUUGAUUUAAACAUUGUAAAGAAAGUCAUGGACGAGGAAGAACUAGCAAAGCAUUUCGCCGAUUCCGUGUACCAUAUCGAGCACCACCACUUCGACAUGAACAGCGUCGGAAAGUACGCGCUUUCCGAGCUACCUCGCCAGCAGGGGAUACCCGUAGUGCUGACGGGCGAGGGAGCAGACGAGCACUUUGCCGGAUACCCUUUCCUAGUCUCUGAUUUUCUUCGAGAACCCGACGAUGCCUUACCGUCGACGGAGCUGGCAAAGGAUACCGAGCUGCGCGAAGCACUGUACAAAUCCGCGGCAGCGCAGUUGCGGAGCAUGUAUAAAGGGAUGGGCAUGUUUGAUCAUUCCAGAACAGAAGAAAGCACCGAAUUCGACCCUCUAGCGGGCUUGGAUGUCUUUCUAAUCCAGUGGCGAGGAUGUCCCUCAUCGGAAGUGUUCGUGCCAUGGGUGAGGGACAAACAGAGCGCACUCGGCGUCUACGAAGCGAUGCUCAACUCCAUCCCUCCAGACGCCCAGGAGAAGAUUCGAACGCGCUGGCACAGUCUCCACUCGGCGCUGUACGUCUUCCUCAAGACCUCUAUGGCGAACAUGGUCUUGACUUGUCUGGGCGACAGGUCGGAGAUGGCGCAUAGCAUCGAGGCGCGCCUCCCGUUUCUGGACCACGAGCUGGUGCAGUACGUCAAUGGACUUCCGCCGAGCGUCAAGAUGAGCUAUAACCCCGAGAAUUUCAUAGGAACCGAUAAUGGCGAGAAAAAGAAAGCUGCGCCUCAGAGCUUCUUUUGGGAGAACAUGGCUGCCGUUCGAGACCGCAUUAUUGAUAAGAAGGUCUUGCGGGAGGCAGGACGUCCGUUUGUUACGGACGAGAUCUACAACCGCAAGAAGCACCCGUACUCCUCCCCGUGGAAAUGGCCUAUUGAUGGGCAGAUACACCUGAUGUUUCGGGGUUUGCUAACGAAAGAGGCGGUUGAACACCUCGGUUUCGUCGAUUUUGGGGUCAUUUCUCGAUGUCUCGAUACUGCUUUUGGUGAUGACGGCGACGCGAGAGCAUUUAGGAAGUUGGUCGUUGUGGGUGCUUGGGUGGUUUUGAGUCAGAGGUUUGGAGUGAAGACAGCCGAGCCUUGUACAUAG